GGCCGAGCGGGGAGCGCUGCAGCCGGCGCUCCCGCAGCGACCUCCUGCCGCCGCUCGGCAGCGGGGCCUGGGCGCAGCGCCGCGGGGCCGCCAUGCCGCCCGCCCGCCCUGCAGAUACCUGAGCCAUUUCCCCAAAAUCGAAGACCCCCCAGGCAGACAAAGAGCUGUCCCAGUGCACCAGUUAGAGGAAAUAACUUUAUUUUGCAGAAGUUCACAGUGAGAGUUACUGCUGCCUUGAACUCGACAUUAUCUUAAGAAAAGGGGACUCUGCCUGGAUAUGAGGUACUGAGGGGAAAAAGAGCAUCACACCUGGCCGCUCACCUUGCCUAUUUGACUGUACAUAAUGGAGACCAAGGAAGAGAAGAAAGAACGAAGACAAGGCUAUUUUGCUCGUUUGAAAAAGAAAAGGCAAGCCAAACAAAACACCGAGACUGUCUCUGCCAAUUCCCCUGGAUCUCCUGUUUCCAAAACACCUUCUGAGAAAGAUGAUGAAAGUAAAGUUAUUUUGGAGCAAAUCAGUUCGUCUGAAGACAACCGUAAAUUUGCUGGGGAAAAGGAAACUGCUCCAGACAAAGAAAAGAAAAAGAAAAAAUACAAUCAACUGAAAGACAUCAGACGCACAGAACUUAAAAGAUACUAUAAUACUGAUGACAAUCAAAACAAAACCAAUGAAAAGAAAGAGAAAAAAAUGGUUUCUCAGAAACCCCAUGGUACCAUAGAAUAUACUGCUGGAAAUCAGGACACCAUAAACAGCAUAGCAUUAAAGUUUAACAUCACCCCGAACAAGCUUGUGGAGCUCAAUAAGCUUUUCACACAGACGAUUGUGCCAGGCCAGAUUCUCUUUGUGCCAGAAACAAGCACUGCGAGGCUGUCUUCUUUCAGUCCUGGUGCUCCCGUUUCUCCUUCAUCAUCAGAUGCCGAAUAUGAUAAACUCCCUGAUGCUGAUUUGGCAAGAAAGGCUUUCAAACCAGUUGAGAGAGUCCUGUCCUCUACUUCAGAAGAGGAUGAGCCUGUGGUUGUCAAAUUUUUAAAAAUGAAUUGUCGUUACUUCACAGAUGGUAAGGGCGUAGUUGGAGGAGUCAUGAUAGUAACUCCAAACAAUAUCAUGUUUGACCCACAUAAGUCUGAUCCUCUGGUAAUUGAGAAUGGCUGUGAAGAAUAUGGGCUCAUCUGCCCCAUGGAGGAGGUUGUCUCAAUAGCUCUCUACAAUGAUAUCUCUCACAUGAAGAUUAAAGACGCAUUGCCAUCUGACAUACCAAAGGAUCUUUGUCCUCUGUACAGGCCAGGAGAAUGGGAAGACCUAUCCUCUGAGAAAGAUAUCAAUCCUUUCAGCAAAUUCAAAUCCCUUAGCAAGGAAAAGAGGCAACAGAAUGGGGAUCCAUCCAUUGCUCUGGGUGCCAAACAGAUAAAGCCUUCAGAUAAGGAAAAGUCUGGUGAUUUUGAAGUUCUUCAGUCAUCCGAGAGUACAGGCUCAAUCAAGUCAAAGUCGCUGGAGUUUCCCAACAACAUCACUGCCACUGAACAUUUGGAAAAGUUUGCUGCGGAUCCAUGUGCCAAGGAGCCUUCUGGAGAAAAAAAUGCUUCGGAUAUCAAAACCAAAGAAAAAUCCCUUUCAGGAGAAGAAGAGGAUGACUUCAUUGAGCUGGAAAAGACAUCAUCUCGUGUGGAUAGAGGGUUGGACAGGAAAAUCUCAGUAAUGGAAAGCUUGCUGGCUGACCCCAGGGAGUUGGGGAGAACUAAGCAGCAGGUAACCAAACCCACUACAGAAGUCCAGGAGCACUUGACAGUUGAUUCCUUGGAAAAAAAGGACAGUGUUGAACCUAAAGCUGACUUAGACUUAGAGCUGUGUGAAAAGCAAGAUGUUAUUCCAGAAGUAAACAAAUGUGUCAGUUCCCCGACAGGUAAGGUGGAGACUGCAUUGGACACUAAGAAAGAGCUAGAGAAAGAUAAACUUAUUGAAUUUUACCUCAAUAAAGAUGGGAAUGGGUCUCAGUCAUCUGAAGACUUACACAAGGCUGAAAUCCAGAAAGGUGAAAACUAUAAAGCAAUUGGCCUAGACCUUACACUUAGCUGUUCAAAGUCCCAAGCUAAUGAAGUCCAUACAGUUAAAAGUAUGGAGCUUGAUUCCUGCUGUGUUGAAAGGAAAGCACCUCCAUUAGAAAUCAGCUCAGCAGCAGCAGAGGAAAAGGAUCUGAAAGAGUCUGUGGACUCUUCAUUAGUACCAGCUAUAGACAAGACCUGUCAAGAAACACAGUUAGACAAUCAAUCAGAAAUCAGACUGUGGCUGCUGCAGAAAAUUCAAGUGCCAAUUGAAGAUAUGCUUCCUUCAAAAGAGGAGAAGAGCAAGACUCCUCCAAUGUUUCUGUGCAUUAAAGUAGGCAAGCCCAUGAGAAAGUCCUUUGUGUCUCAGAGCACCACCAUGUCUCAACAGUACAGUAAAAAGAUAAAGCAACCAGAAUACUGGUUUGCUGUUCCUCGGGAAAGGGUGGAUCACUUGUACACAUUUUUUGUUCAGUGGUCACCAGAAAUAUAUGGGAAAGAUGCAAAAGAGCAAGGUUUUGUCGUCGUAGAAAAGGAGGAGCUUGACAUGAUAGACAACUUCUUCAGUGAGCCCACAACUAAAAGCUGGGAGAUCAUUACUGUAGAAGAAGCAAAACGACGAAAGAGUGUUUGCAGUUACUAUGAAGAUGAUGAUGAUGAUACUUUGCCUGUCUUAAAGCAUCACAGCGCCCUCCUGGAGAAUAUGCACAUAGAGCAGCUUGCCCGGCGCUUGCCCGCACGAGUGCAGGGAUAUCCCUGGCGGCUUGCAUACAGUACACUGGAGCAUGGGACUAGCCUGAAGACUCUGUACCGUAAAUCAGCAUCUCUCGACAGUCCAGUUCUCCUUGUCAUCAAGGACAUGGACAACCAGAUAUUUGGAGCAUAUGCUACACAUCCCUUCAGGUUUAGUGACCAUUACUAUGGCACUGGUGAAACAUUCCUCUACACAUUCAGUCCAAAUUUCAAGGUAUUCAAAUGGAGUGGAGAGAACACCUACUUCAUCAACGGAGACACCAGCUCUCUGGAGCUCGGAGGUGGAGGUGGCCGGUUUGGCUUAUGGUUAGAUGCAGAUUUGUAUCAUGGGCGAAGCAACUCCUGCAGCACCUUCAAUAAUGACAUCUUAUCUAAAAAAGAAGAUUUCAUAAUACAAGAUGUAGAAGUAUGGACAUUUGAAUGAAAUACGGACUGCCUUAAGGACUGGAUCCAUUAGGCACUUAAACGCUAACUAGAAGGUGCAGGCUGCCUCACAAUGUUACACGCUUUUUCCUCAAGUUUGUACCAGAGCAUGACUACGCAAAAAAAACCCUAACCAACCAACCCAAGAAAAAACAGAGCUGUUUUUGAGAGGCAGUAGGAGACAGAACAGUAAGAGAUCAGUCUGAAGUGUUUUUUCACUUCCUCCUCCAACACUCUUCCAUUGAAGAUAUGAUGCUUAUGAAAUCAUUCACGGUGUGUAAGUUGAAAACUUUUUCUGUAACUGUGAAAAAGAUCCUGUGGGAAAACUAUAACUAUCUAGUACAUUCCAUGUGUAUUUAUGUUCAACGUACAAAUGCUAACCAAAAAUAAAAGGUUACUUUACCAAAAUCUACAGCAUACUGUUUGCCAUGGAAAAGAAUCAGAAAUAGGUGUACACAGCACUUAAGGGAACAUGGUUUUUUAAAUCUUUUUAUUUAUUGUUAUUGCAUAGCAGAUUUUUUUUUUGUAAAUGUAUUAGCUAUGGGUUUUUUCUCUUAAUGUUUCGAAUCUCAAUUUGAUAAAUAAUUGCUAUUCAGGUAGGUUUCAUAUGCAUUCUGAAUCAAUUUAUUUGAUUUCUGAAGUUAAUUUUUAUAUUUUUAUUUCAUAAAUGAGAUUUGGUUUUCUUUUUACCCUAAUGAGAGGGUUUGUUUUCUGGCAGAAACACUUGAGUGCAUAAUUCUGUUUUGUUUUGGUUUGGUUUUUUUCUGAGAUGAGGGAGAAGGUGGAUAGUGCUUCUUCUUAACUCUGCUGUCACAUUCCUGUUAAUAGAUUAUUAUUUUGGUGGUGUCUGGAGACACUGGGCAAACUGCCACCUGGUAUAGACUGUAUCAGCUCUGCUGCAGUCAACAGAACUGGGACAGCAUGCUCGGAGCAUCUGCCCCAGUAUUAUUUGACUGUUUACAAAGGACAUGUCUAAGAGAGGAUUGCUUUUCUGUAUCACCACCAAAUGAUUCAAAAUAAGCCACCCACUGUGCUUUUAUGAGCACUGCUCUACAAAUUGAAGAGUAACUGCUUUGUUAAAGAGGAAAUAGAAUUGAGAUUUAGAGAAGAAUGCUAUUUCCCUAACAGGCCAGGUCAUGUUAGUGUAAUACUUGUUUUCUUAGUAAUUAUAUAUAUGAUUUCCUUCCUGAAAAAGACUUGAAGCAACAGGCUAGCUUAGGAUUUGACAGGCAACUAAAUAAUCUUGUUUUUCAUGAAACAAUCAGAUACUUUUUCCCCUCCGCCCUCAACACUGAAAAGACAAGACUGCAUGUUACAAAAUGAAAACUUCAGUAAAUGGAGUGUGACAGAGGACUGGCAAUCUUCACUAUUGGCUAAAGAAUUCUGCUUUCCCAUUACGCUGUGAUGUUGUUUACACAAUCCAGACCCAACCAACAUUAGGACGCUGUCCUGCCCUUAAACUUGAAUGUGUCACGGUCCUGAGAAAGGUGGCUUUUAGAAAUGGUAGUGCGCUUCCAUGCAUUAAGCAGUACAGUCUAAUUUUGGAAUAUUAUUAACUAAUACAGCUCGAUUUAGUUACUCUUCUUCCCAUUUUGAAUAGAUGAAAAAAAAAAGCAGCCAAGUGGUUUUCUUUCAAAAGCAUUACUAAAUCUUAAUCCUGCACAGAAAUUUCACAGUCUAAAAGCCAAUGCUAUAUACAGUAAGCCUUUAACACGCUGCACGUGAGCUUUUCACACUUCCCUUCUGUGUGGUCUACUACAGCCAUAAAUAAAGUUCUUAUUGGUAAUGCUAUAAAAUAUUUUGGAAGUUGCUAACAGUAUAACGCUUUGAAGAUACCAGGAAUAUCUAAUACUGUUUGCUCUUUUAAAUGGUGGCAGACCACUUAAUCGUUAAAAAAAACAAACCAAAACCAACAAUCCAACCAAGUUCAACAUUUUACAUACAUUUCACUAUUGCUAUCUACAACUUACUCCAUUAUAUUAUCCUUGUCAGAGCAUAUCUAAACGCUGUGGUCUAUAUUCGAAACAGUGUUGUUCAAUCAAAAUUCUGUGACCCUUGAAACUAUGAAUAUUGAAUAUAUGUAAUGCAGUGCUAUCACAAUAUUUUCAAUAAAGGAAUUUAUGCAUUCAGAAA